AGAUUAACCUCGAAAAGUUGUGGAAUUGAAAUAAAAAGGUUGUACUUGUAGUGUAAUGCAAUUGAAAUGGGACGAACUACUUUUAGUGCAAAAUUUUUGAAUCAUUUAGUUGAUUCCAAAAAUUCUUGUGUUGAAAUGAAAACAGUUGAGAAAUGCAUCAAAAUAAAAUCAUAUGGAAUAAGCCUCAGCACCUAUAUAAAAAAAGAAAUGGACAGUGGUAUUGCAAAGUACGAUUCCGAAAUAAAAGAUUAUCAGGGUUGUCUCGACCUCAAAAUGUUAGUGGAUUUUUACGUUUUCAAACCAGUCAUUGGAAAAACAUUACAAGGUGUGGUAUUUGAACAGAAUCAAGAGAUUGUAGGAUGUUUGGUUUAUAAAACUUUCACUGUCUCUUUGUUGAAUUCUGAAGAAGGAAACAGCUGGGCUGGGAACAACCUGGAAAUUGGUCAAAAAAUUACUUUCAGAAUAAAAUCUGUUGUUUUGACAUCUAGAAUUCCAUAUAUUGAAGGAGAAUUUCUAGAAAACCUUACUCCUGUGAAGCGAAAAAUCAGAUUCAGUGACAUAACGGAGACUGAGGAAAAUUGUCCUGAAAAUAUAAUUGAAAAUGAACCUGUAAAAAAAAGAAAAAAAUCGGGCAAAAAUCACGAGAAUACAUUCGGAAAUGAAUCUCAAUUGCUGGAGAAUUCUCUUUUGAAUGAUAGUAUCAAAUUAAAUGAUGACCCUGAGGAAAAAUGUGCUGAGAAUAUAAUUGAGAAUGUACUGUUUAAGAAUAAGACAAAAUCUCGUAGAAGCCACGAUUUAGAAGAAACCAUGGAAAACGAAUUUGUAAAUAAGAAGAGCAAAAAAUCCUGCAAAAGCUCAAAUCAUGAUAAUUCGUUAGCAAAUGAAUCUGAAUUGAUAGAGAAUUCCCUUUUAAAUGGUAGUAUCAAAUUAAAUAAUGACUCUGAGGAAAAAUGUGCUGAGAAUGAACCAGUUAAAAAGAAGAAAAAAUCUCGUAGAAGCCAAGAUCCAGAAGAAACCAUGGAAAACGAACUUGUAAAUAAGAAGAGAAAAAAAUCCCUCAAAAGCUCAAAUCAUGAUAAUUCGUUAGCCAAUGAAUCUGAAUUGAUGGAGAAUUCUGUUUUAAAUGGUAGUAUCAAAUUAAAUAGUGAGCCUGAGGAAAAAUGUGCUGAGGAUGAACCAGUUAAAAAGAAGAAAAAAUCUAGUAGAAGCCAAGAUUCAGAAGGAACCAUGGAGAACGAACUUGUAAAUAAAAAGAGCAAAAAAUCCCGCAAAAGCUCAAAUCAUGAAAAUUCAUUUGCAAAUGAAUCUGAAUUGAUGGAGAAUUCUCUUUUAAAUGGUAGUAUCAAAUUCGAGAAUGAGCCUGAAGAGAAAUGUGCUGAGAAUGAAUCAGUUAAAAAGACGAAUAAAUCUCAUAGGAGCCAAGAUUCAGACAAGACCAUGGAGAUUGAAGUUGUAAAUAAGAAGAGAAAAAAAUCCCGUGAAAGUUUGGAAAAUUCAAUGGAUGGUGAUGUAGAACAAACUCAAAAAAAAACGAAAAAGAGAAAAAUGGAAUAGAAAUAAAGUGUAAAAAAAUA